AUGUACAUCUCCCUUCCCACCACCACCCUCCUCGCAACCCUCCUAACCCUCACCGCCGCCGCUCCCACCGCCGCACCCAAACUCCGCAUAAUGCCCCUCGGCGACUCCAUAACCGAAAUAACCUGCUGGCGGCCCCUCGUCUGGGACCUCCUCGUCGCCUCCAACCUCUCAAAUUCCGUCGAAUUCGUCGGUUCCAUGACCAACAACCCCCAAAACUGCGUCGGCAAAACCAGCACAUGGGAUAAACACCACGAAGGCCACUCCGGGUACCUCGCCGUCAACAUCGCGGCGAAUAACCUGCAGGGCUGGCUGGCGAGCGCGAAACCAGACGUCGUGAUGUUCAUGCUGGGCACGAAUGAUAUCGUGCAGCAGGGGAAGAGCACGAGUGAGAUCGUGGCGGCUUAUAGCAAGAUGCUUGGGUUGAUGCGGAGUUCGAAUGCUAACAUGAAGAUCAUCAUCGAUCUCGUGAUCCCCAUUGGAAUCGGGAGUUACCAAUCGCAAGUCAACGCGCUGAACAAGGCGAUCCCGACGUGGGUUGCGCAGCAGACCACGAAGCAGAGUCCGAUUGUGAUUGCGGAUUGUGCGACGGGGUUUACGACGGGGAUGUUGCGGGAUGGGAUCCAUCCUAAUGCGGCGGGGGAUGCGGUUAUUGCGAAGGCGGUUGGGCCGGUGUUGGUUGAUACUGUGAGGAAGGCGCUGAAUGGGACGAGUUGA